CACAAGUAACUUCACUACAGGAAAAGUUGACUUCUUGGUGGGCAAGAAAUUACAAAUAAUGGCUACAAACGACGCUCGAAGAGCAGUUGCUUUUGGAACGACUCUUGAUCGGGAACUGUUACCACUGAAAGUUCCAGCAAAUCGCUUUGGAAAUGAACUCGCCUUACGAGGCGCUCCAAACCGCGGCCCUGGAUGUUAUUACAAUGCGGAGGGUAGUGGCUUUAUUUAUGAACUUGAGAGAAGACCUGUAUGCAGAAGAGGGUAUUCAGUUGGAGCCAGAACCGCCCCAAGAUUUCCUAAACCAGCUCAUCUGGAUGUUCCUGGACCACCAACUUAUCAAGAGAUUAUCAGCAAACCAGUUCACUUUGAAGAAGCUUUUAAAGCAUUUAACGUUGGUGCAACAAGAUUCCCACCAAUUAACCAGGACCACGGCCAUCCAGGGCCUGGUGCAUAUGAGUUUGAUGCCAAAAGAGACAGGAAGGUGAAGUAUCAUGGCUCUUUUGGUGGACCACAGACCUUGAUAACAUCAGUUACAAUUAAAUGCAAUGAAUUUGGAGAGCCAGAUAUUUGUAAUUCUUGUCAAAGUCCUCCAGUAGGAGAUUACUAUGAGUACAAAAAGGUUUAUCUUUGUCGGAAAUGUUACAAUCAUCACUUAACAACAGGAGAGAAGUACACAAGAAGUUAUCUUCAAUCUUUUCGCAAAGUAAGAGACUGCUCAAACAUUCAUAACCACGAAGGAACAAAUGCCAGAUUAAUGCUCAAAACCGAAAAAGACCUCAAGAAACAGAGAUUUAGAGAAGCAUAUAUGAGCUUGUACUUUUGAAUACGGAACAGUAGGGAUGCAGGAAAAUUGCUAAUGAGUGCGAGAUGUAUAUUUUCUUACUGAUACAAAGUAAUGGAACACGAUAUGUCAGUCAAUUCACCCGUGGACGUAUGUAGUGUAAAUAUGUUUGAUGUUGAGUGCUGUGGAAAGCAUAUAUGGGCAAUAACGGGCAAGAAAAGAUUUUAGGGAAGAGUUAUUUUUACCAGGUUAGUAAGCUAGGAGAAGUGUACCAGUAAUAGAAACGUCAAAAUACCACUUUCAAAUUAUAUUAAAUGCAAUAAAGGAUAAAAUGAAAAGAUUUCCACACGUAUAAUUGUGCCAAUUUACCAAUCAAAAAUAGCUUCUUGGGCAAGAAAUGUCAGUUAAUGGAAUCAAAGUUUUGAAAACUAAACUUUUGUUGGUAAGACAAAAAAAUUGAUCUUAAAUUUAUCUGUCUGCGAUAAACCCACUAAGAGUUACUAAAAUGCAUUAUUUCAUAUAUCCAUGGUCCGAAACUUGAACAUUCUACUAAUUACAAAAAGAAGAAAAAUUUCCCCCAUUGUCCAGUUAGUCGUUAUAAAGCACAUCUAAAGAUUUAUCCAAAAAGUUACGUGCUUGUCUCUGUAGACAUGAGUAGUUCGAUAUGACGACGAGCACACAAAAAGAAAAUUUCCUUUCGAAUUCAGUUACCAUAACUCUUUGUUUAAUUAAAAAGAAAAUGUGCUUCCAAACGCUACCCCAAUUUGACCUUGAUAUAUUAACAUUGUAUUUCGUUUGAACUAUAAUAUAAACAGGGAAGUUAAUCUGUUACUAUUUUUAAUAUUGAUUUUCCUCUUGUUUGGUUGAAAAUUUUCUUAGUUCAAAGGUUCCCAAAUCUCUCUCUUCACCUGGUCCAACUCACGCGUUGUAUUAUAAUAAUGUUAUAUCAUAAAAACGACUUUUUAGAAUUUCAUCUGCAGACAAAUAAAUGCUAUGAAUAAGCUCUUGAAAAGAAA